AAAGAUUAUAAUUUCUAUAAAUGCAAAGUAAUAAAAGACAAAAAGGAGAUGGGGAUGAAAAUCAACAAACAAACAAAAGAAUAAAACAACAAAGUUCAAUUGUAAGCUUUUUUGCUUCCACAUCUAAAAAUACAGAUAAAAAAGCUGAUGAAUCGUACAAAGAAGAUUUUCCUAAUUCAUCUUUUAUUGAUAAUUCUCAAGAAUCAAAGAACAUCAUAAAUAAUAAAGAAAAUGAAACAGUUAAAGAUAAUGAAAUAGAUACUUUUACAACAUCCAUGUAUACAGAUGAGUUUGAUAAUAUGCUUGAUAUCGUUUUAAAAGGGGAAAGCUAUUUGUUUAAUAAAGAUGAAUUGUCUUUAUUUGAUACUUACAAGUCUCUGAAAGACGAAUCAAGACAUUUAAUUGUUCGAUUGUUAAUGAGAAAGCAUGGUUGGAUUAGAAAAAGUAGAUUGAAUUAUUCCAAUCAAGUUAAUGAUGUGAAUGCAGCUACUGCGGAUUUAAAAUCAAAAGGUUUUAUUCUUACAUCCCUUGAAGAUUUGUCUGAAGCUGUCAAAAUAUUAUCAAAAGAGGAAAUGAAAUUAAUAAUCAAGGAAAGAAAUAUUAGAGUUUUAAAAAAGAAUAGCCUUAAGAAAGAAGACUAUGAAAAAGAAAUUAUUAACUUUGGAUUAAAUGUGACAGGAAACAUUGUUACGCAUUAUUCAAAUUUAACAACUGAUAGCAUAAAAGCUAAAAAAUUAUGGGAAUCCAUUCACUCAUUUCUAGGUGAUUGUAUUAAAGUGAACCCAAAAAUAUUUACAUUAUUUCAACGAUUACAAAUUGUUUACUACAGAAUUAAUAGUUUUCAAGAUAAGAGUUACAUGUCAAGUUCAAUUUUAGCAAGAAUAAGUAAAAGAAAUUAUCCAAGUUAUAAAUCUUGCAGAUCAAAUGCUAUUUGGAAUUCUCGAGAUGAUUUAUUAAAAUAUGAAGAUGCUUUAUUAGUAGAGAAAGAAUUUUAUAAUCAUCUAGAACAACUAUCAAUUUACAAUAGUACAAGGACAAAAAAAAAUAUUUCUACAAAAGGUGAAGAUCCUAUUAUUAGGGAUCUAAUGGUUAAAAGUUGGACUCUUUGUGAAGAUAGAAUUGGAAUAUGGGAAGAUUGUAUUACUGAAAGUAGUUUACAAGAAAGAUCAUAUUAUUUGAGACGAUUUGAAGCUGGAUGGAUCUAUACUCGUUUAUUAGAUCAUGGCACUGAAUUAUUAGCAAAAUUAUUUGAAUAUGAAUUAGAGUCACUCAUAUUACAAAAAUUACUUGAUCAGCGUAUAUAUCGUUUAGGAAAGAGAGGUAAAUGGUAUGAAAGAUUAGCUUUAGUUCAAUCAAUCUAUUUGAAUAAAAAUCAACCUCGAUUUCAAAAAAAGGUUGCGUUAAAAACAUGUAUUGAUGCAAUUCAAGAUCCAAGUGUUCAUCAAAUUUAUUUACAUGAAUUACAUAAAAGAAUUAAAAGACUUGAAAAGGAUCUUUGUAUACCAAAGAGAGAACAACACGAUUUUAGUUAUAUGAGUUUAAAAAAACCAAAAGAAAUAACAAUUUAUGGCGAGAGAAUAUCAGAGCAAGUUACGGGUAAAAAGUCUAUUUGGAGAAGCAACGAUGGCUCAGAGUGCUCUGUUGAACAAAUUGCGAUAGAAUAUUACCAGAAGAAAGGAUAUAAAGGAAUUCACUGUGAGAAUGGUAUUAUAAGAAUGAUUGCAGUACUUUUAUUCUGGGACAUUAUUUUUGCUCCUAUUGCAGGUGUAUUUGAAACUCCAUAUCAAACUGAGCCUUUAGAUUUGCGUACAGAUUCCUUCUAUGAGAGUCGAAUUGAUAUUAUUAAUAAGCGUUUACGUGAAAUAGAAGAUGGUGAUUAUUUAAGAAUUAUAACAGAAGUAGACAAAAGGGAACGUUUGAAGCAUACAGUGUGUAUAGGAAUUAACUGGAAUUAUGAAUUUCAGGAUAUAAUAGAAAUUGCUGAGUGUAUUGGGCCUUCUUCUUUAGCUUCUCUAUGCAAAUUGUUCUUUGAAGAAUUUGGUCAACGACAAGGCGGUAUGCCUGAUUUAUGCUGUUGGAAUUAUGAUAAAAAGGAAUGUCUUUUUUCGGAAGUAAAAGGGCCAAAAGACGUGUUAUCAAAAACACAAAAAAUUUGGAUAGAAACAUUAACAGGAUUUGGUAUUCAAGUAGAGGUGUGUCAUGUUAAAAUAUGGAACGGCGAAGAUGUUUUCUUAAAAGACUCUUAAUAAACCCAAUUUAGUCAG